AUAACUUCUACGUGAAUGGACAGAAGACACACAGGAGGGGACGAGACAAGAGGAGGCAGGCGUCUCUGCAUUAGUUUACACACGGAAGGGGAGAGAAAGAGAGCAGGCGACAAGCACGACUCCAUCAGUGCGAAAGCAGCAAGCACAUGGAAGAUGAAGUCCUAUCAAAAGCUGGCAACAGACAUCCCCCAGCCUACAGAAUCCUAUGCUGAAGAAGAGAGCAUUGAUGGGAAGCCGCCCUACCUUUGGAAGUUGUCCACUUGGUGGUUGGGUGUUGGCCUGCUGCUGAUGGUCGCUGGCCUGCUGAGUGGAGUCACCAUGUGGGUGCUCAGACAGGCAUCUGGGGGCCACUGUGGACAGACACCCCUGGAGAAAUGCAGCGUUGUUCCUGAGCCUCUCCGCUUUGACUGCUACCCUGAGAGGAACGUGGUGGUGACGAAAGAGCUCUGUGAGAGCAGGGGGUGCUGCUUUAUUGAACGUGACCAGCCUUUGGGGAGCAGGAGUGGAGUGCCCUGGUGCUUUUACCCCCCUGACUUCCCCAGCUACACCCUGGAGAGCCUGAACCAGACUGAGCUGGGAAUGGUGGGUUUGCUGAGGAGGAAGGUGAAGGCCUAUUAUCCCAGAGACAUUGAGAGGCUGAAGCUGAGCGUGGAGUUUGAAACAGAUACUCGGUUACACAUCAAGAUCACGGAUUCCACAAGCCCUCGAUUCGAAGUCCCCCUGGAGGUUCCUCAGGCAAUGAAGAGAGCAGAGAAUCCCAUAUACAGCCUGGAGUUCUCCAAGGAGCCUUUUGGCCUGCUGCUGAGGCGCAGAGCCUCUGGCACUGUGCUGUUAAACACAACCGUGGCUCCCUUGAUCUUCGCUGACCAGUUUCUCCAGAUUUCGACCGUCCUCCCUUCAAAAUUCCUCUACGGCCUCGGGGAGCAUCGGAGCAGCUUCCUGCACAGCCUGAACUGGACCACCCUGACGCUGUGGGCCCGGGAUGUCCCUCCCAUGGAGUCAUACAACCUCUAUGGAGCUCACCCAUUUUACCUGCUGAUGGAGGAAGGGGGAGCUGCUCAUGGUGUUUUCCUCCUGAAUAGCAAUGCAAUGGAGGUGGCUCUGCAACCAGCUCCUGCCUUGACCUGGAGAACCAUUGGGGGAGUUCUGGAUUUUUACAUCUUCUUGGGUCCUGAUCCCAACAUGGUCAUCCAGCAGUACCAGCAAGUGAUAGGUUUCCCUGCCAUGCCACCAUUCUGGGGGCUGGGGUUCCAUCUGUGCCGCUGGGGCUAUGGGACAAGCAAUGAAACCUGGCAGAUUGUGAAAGCCAUGAGGAAUUAUCAGAUACCACAGGAUGCUCAGUGGAAUGAUAUUGAUUACAUGGAAGGGUACCGGGACUUCACCUUUGACCCCAUGAAGUUUGACACCCUCCCGCAGUUGGUGGAAGACCUUCACAAGCAUGGCCAGUACUAUGUUAUCAUCCUGGAUCCUGGGAUCAGCAGCACUAAUCCUCCUGGCUCUUACUGGCCUUACGAUGAAGGCUUAAGACGUGGCAUAUUCAUAAAUACUACUCAGGGGCAAACGCUGAUUGGACAGGUAUGGCCUGGCUUCACUGCUUUCCCUGACUUCUCCAACCCGGACACUUACCAGUGGUGGCUGGAGAAUCUGAACCGUUUCCAUGCUCGUGUCCCCUUUGAUGGGCUUUGGAUCGACAUGAAUGAACCAUCCGACUUCAAGGACGGGUCGGUGGAUGGCUGUUCCCCAGGGAAACUCGAUAACCCUCCCUACAUGCCCGCUGUGCUGGGCAACUCCCUCUCUGCAAAGACCGUGUGCGCCUCGGCGAAGCAGAGCGCCUCCGUGCACUACAACCUCCACAACCUCUACGGGCUGAUGGAAGCCAAAGCCACAGCUAGCGCCUUGAUCCAGAUCCGAGGGAAGCGCCCACUUGUGAUUUCUCGCUCCACCUUCCCCAGCCAGGGCAGGUACUCGGGACACUGGCUCGGUGACAACAGGAGCAAGUGGAAAGACAUGUACUGGUCAGUCCCAGGGGUGCUGAGCUUCAAUCUCUUUGGGAUCCCGCUGGUUGGGGCAGACAUCUGUGGGUUCUCCGGCACCACUUCGGAGGAGCUAUGCACCCGCUGGAUGCAGCUCGGAGCCUUCUACCCCUUCGCCCGAAACCACAACACCGAGAAUGAAAAGGCCCAGGAUCCGGUGGCGUUCGGCUCAGUGGCGCGGACGGCCAUGAAGGAGGUGCUGCUGACACGCUACGCCCUGCUGCCCUUCCUCUACACGCUCUUCCACCGGGCACACCUGCAGGGCCACACCGUCGCUCGACCCUUGUUCUUCGAGUUUCCGCAGGACGUGAUCACGUACUCAGUUGACAAGCAGUUUCUGUGGGGGCGGAGCCUGUUGGUGACACCUGUGCUGGAGCCCGGAGUGGACUCUGUGAUUGGCUACUUCCCCAGAGGGGUGUGGUACGAUUACUACACGGGCUCCUCUGUGAACAGCAGUGGGGAGAGCCUGAAGAUGGCUGCUCCGCUGGACCACAUCAACCUGCACAUCUGGGAGGGCGCCAUUCUCCCCACCCAGAAACCUGGGAGCACCACCUGGGUGAGCAGCGGGAACUCCCUGCACCUGAUCGCAGCCCUGUCCCAGAAUGCCAGCGCCUGGGGGGACCUCUUCUGGGAUGACGGCGAGAGCCUGGACACCUUCGAGAGGGGUGACUACUCCUACCUGGUGUUCAACGUCACACAGAACAUCUUCACCUCCACUGUCCUUCACGCCAACGUGGAAGCCACCUACAUCACUGUGGAUGUGCUGAGUGUCUAUGGGGUCCGGGACGAGCCCAGCAGGGUCACCGUCAAUGGCAAAGAGAAUCCCUUCUCCUACUUGGAGAACCAGGUUCUCACGGUGAGCGACCUCAACCUCAACCUCAGCCAGGGAUUCUCCAUCCGCUGGCUGUGACUGCCGCACGCGCCUGGAGCUGGGCUCUGGAGGUUUCUCCGUCCGUCCAUGUGUCUCUGUGCGGGGGUGGGGAUAGGGAGGAGUUUCUGGGCAUCCAUGCGCAUGCCAAGGCCCUGGCUGUGGGGUGCCGCUCUGUGCCACUGCUGGCUGGCUCCGGGUCCCUGUUCAGGGCUGCCUCCUGCCCACAUCGGUUUGGACACAGACUGGAUUCCACAGCUGCUUUGUGCCCGAGCUCAGCCUGCCUUUCCUGGCUCUCCCUGUCCCCAGGGGACUGCUCCUGCAGGGCAGCGAGAGCCAAAACUCUGCCCUGCUGACGCUCCUGAGCUCUGCCGAAGAUGCUCUCUGUCUUGGCCCUUGACGCAGGGUUUGUGUUUAAAGACUCGGCUGUCCCAUGCCCAGGACUGUGGCUCUGGGGCCUGGUGAGAGGCUCUGGUCAGCCGUUCUGUUCGCCUGUCUCCUGACACCAGCAGCACAGCGACGUCUCCUGUGACCCGGCUUUCACAACCUGCUGGCACGGUGCAUCCCAGAGGGCAUCAGUGUGCUGGGGUGAGGGGUGUGCUAUACUGCCCAACCGGCAGGCCACGUCAGCGCUGACCUUCCUCCAGCCAGAUGUCCCUGCAUUACGGACAGUACUGCAGCACCCGGGGGGGAGGGAGGGAAGCACUGCGUACACAGGGGCUCCAUGGCGGCCCACCAGGCUCCCAUGGCACUGCGGGAGCAGCCUCAGCGCUAGCAACAGUGGUGGGAUUUUCAGAAGGAAGCUGAGAGCCUCCCCACGCCGGGUCUGGCUGUGACACGGGUGGCAGUGCUGGGAGAAGUUAGGGAAAGGCCCCUGAACGCUCCUGGUGCCGCUCUGUCCGGGAUGAAUAAAGGCAAGUAGAGGUG